AUGGAUCCCGAGUCAAAUGCGCCCCUGGAGCGAUCGACGUCACAACUCUCUGCAGCCUCAACCUCGGCAAAGAUGUCCCGAAGCCACUCGACACGCGCAAAGUCGAAGCCAAGGAAGUUGAUCUCACAACCUUCUAGUUCAGCAUCAUCCAUCGCUGCCUCUGACAAGUCUCUUACCUCCUUCCCCUCAUUUUCUCCUCAAUCCCCGCGCGACGAACCAUCAUUCACCACCUUCGAGUCGAAUACUUCUACCGUAAAUGUCGACAGGAAGCCCCUCGUGGCUCCUAUUAGGACAUCCAUGGUUGAAAGUUUGACUUCAGCCGAAGCCCAGAAGACGGCGCGCGAUGCGCUAUUCGAUGAUGCUCCUAUAACAGCAUAUAAGAUACCCGGUGCUCUUCAUCAUGCUAGUGAUGAUCAUAUACAAUAUCUUAUCGCGAAACACGGGGCUAUUAACCUUGUGCGCCAGGUUGCCGAAGACCUUGCACAUCGCGAUAUGGAAAUUUCCCGACUAAGAAGGAGAGCUGAUGAAAGAGAAAGAGCACUUAGGAAAAUAAUACGUGGAUGUGGAUUAUCAAGCUUAGAUCUCGAGACAAAGCUCCGGUCGGUAGAGACAGAGCUUCAGGCCCAGGAAAAGAUUAAAUAUGCUACAAAUGGAGAUGUUUCUGGCAUGAUGAACGAUGCGAUACACGAUUCAAUGUCCUACAAAGCUCUAGGGAUAACGGAUAUAGACGACAGUACAGUUAGAGCCAACGCUUUAUCUGCUCCGAGGGACAGCAACACGGUUAGUAAAGGCACGAUGAAAGCAUGGAAGGAAUAUCUAUGGGGCGGCGGAAGUAGAAAGGCUAGCAGAGCAGCUAGUAUUAACGAAGAGGGCGUAAAGACCGCCAUUCGUGCAUCAACACCAGGAGACCGCCGCCCUCCUAUCCAGGAAGACCUCUUCACCCCGCCGGAUGUCGAGUCUGCGCAAAGCUCAAGCCGUGCUUCAAGCAUCUACUCUGCGUAUACGAAUAGAAAGCCUUCAUCAUCUUUUGCUAGCAUGGCUUUACAAUUAGUGGUUGGGAAAGGCUCUUCGAUCCGCGAUUCUGAAUCUACUAGAGGAAGAUCAAAUUCGGCGGGCCAGGGCGGCUCUAUGAGAUCAUCAUCAAACGCUAGUACCAGGACAGGUGCCUCUAACAGAGCUGCGUCUACGCAAGGGGGCCCCAAAGCACUCAUGUCGAUGCGACGAGCAACUCCUAAACCUGGAAAUCUGCAGUUUUCCAGGCCACGUGAAAGGUGGGAAAGCAUAGGCGCAAACCCGGAAAGUCCGUCUGCAACGAGGUCAGAUAACAAUGGUCCGGUUGAGAUGGAUACUAUAUUUUCCCCUGAAGGCCAACCGCCGGCUUUAUCGCAACUCUAUAAUAACUACAAUAGCGGCGAGUACUUGAUUGAUCGCUUCGGCUUUAUUUAUGAUCAACGUCGAAAGAAAAGACAGCGCGAAGCCGCCAAGGUCGCUUCACGCAUGAAGAAUGGACAUGAGAUGCUUUCUAGCGGAAGGUCUAACCUCUCACCUAACCUCCUUGAUGAUGACGCAAGUUCUAGCGGAGAUGCUAAGAGUGAUGAUCGUCCAGAGAGUCCGACUUCUAUUGAGGGCCUUAUUGACCAAAGCAAGGCGAAACGAUGGCAGGAUUAUCUUAAGAUUGCUACCUUCCCUACGGAACUUUUAUCGCAUACUCCAUCUAUAACAGCUCCGAACAUAGAAGUGCUUGAAGGAAGUGGAUCCAAAUCUCCAGGACUAAUCAACACAGAUGACCGCGGAUUUGUCCCAACCGCGACCACCACCACUGCGGCUCUUGAUAGGGAAACAAGCCCAGCAAAAUCAGACGAAGAAUCAGCUACGGCUACGCUAGUUCAUGAGGAUGUUGAGCCAGUGAAACUUCUACUAAAGCAGUUGAGUGACGUUCACGAUACCUUGCAGAGAGAAAAGUCUGUGCGUUGGAAUGAAUUUUUAAGAAAAGUACGCGCUGAGCGCCGACGUGAGGGCGAGGCUGCGGCUGCUACUGCGGCUGCCGCAGCUGAAGCUCGUUUUCAGACAGCUCCCGUCAUGAUUCCAGAAGCUAAGCUUACUGAUGGUGAGACUAUUGGUAUCGCGGAUCUUGGGGUAAAGGGAAAAGUUGGGCGCGCUAAAUGGAAUGAGUUCAGGAACCUGGUGCUUGGCGGUAUCCCCGUGGCAAACCGCCCCAAGAUCUGGGCAGAAUGCUCUGGUGCCAUCUCUAAACGAACCCCUGGCUACUACAGGGAUCUUAUCUCGCGACCUAGUUCGCUUGAUGAUGAUGUUGUCAUCUCGCAAAUCGAAAUGGACAUCAACCGUACGCUUACCGACAACAUAUUCUUCCGUAAGGGGCCCGGUGUCACCAAGCUCAACGAAGUUCUCCGGGCAUAUGCUAGGCACAACCCCGAAGUAGGAUAUUGCCAAGGCAUGAACCUAAUCGCUGCGAACUUGUUGUUAAUCAUGCCAUCUACCGAAGAUGCCUUCUGGGUAUUCGUAUCGAUUAUUGAACGUAUCUUACCCCAGGGAUAUUAUGACCAUAGCUUAAUGGCUUCGCGUGCGGACCAGCACGUACUACGCCAGUAUGUAAGCCAAGUUCUGCCAAAGCUGUCUCAGCACCUCGAUGCGCUAAGCAUCGAGCUGGAGGCUUUGACGUUCCAAUGGUUCCUAAGUGUCUUCACGGACUGCCUAUCAGCCGAAGCGCUGUUCCGCGUAUGGGAUGUAGUACUAUGUAUCAACGAUGGUAGCACGUUUCUGUUCCAAGUCGCGUUGGCAUUACUAAAACUCAAUGAGCGCCAGUUACUACAGUGUGAUGCGCCUGCUGCAGUCUACACGUAUAUCAACCACCAGAUGACCAACCACGCCAUCAGCAUUGACGGCCUAAUCCAGGCCUCUGAGGGCUUGCGCCGCGUCGUUCGCCGCGAGGAUGUCGAGGAACGUCGGAAUAAGGCUAUCGAGGCCGAUAAGCAGAUGGUACGGGAACGUGAGGAGCGUAACGCGAAACGUCGUGCUGAGCAGAAUUCACAAAAGAGCACGUCAGUACCUACGCUCAUGGCCGAGUCUAGUGCCUCUGCAGUCCCGAGUCUCACCUUGCAGGCUGAGAGCGAGAGCAGCAGUGUGACUGGGUUAAAUAUCUUGGACGCAGUCGGGGAAGAGGCGGAAGAAGAAGGCACCGGGCCGGCGCGGACACCGGCAGAGGAGGAAACUUCAUUCGGGCUAGGAUAA